AAAGCACAUUACUACAACGGGUGGAAGAAAAAAAUAUAAGAAAUAAAAGAACAAAGCCGCGUAGUCAGCGAAAUAAAUCACCAGAGCAGCCGUAGUUAUUGUUUUAAUUUACACUAUUUAAAAUAUAAAGUCGUGUUUUCAAACUGGUGUCAUUACGUUAGUCGGUGAAGUUAGCUUCAGUUGCUAAACCAACGGUUACCGGACAUCUCCACACACGCGCUAACUUGACCGUAGCUAUCUUUGUCGAUAAGGAAGUUUAUCAUUACGUUUCUGGACCAAAACCCGACUUGUUUGACUCAGGGAGUCUUGGCACAGCUGGAGAAGCACAGCGGAGACUACAAAACAGCUGGAUACCUACUGACAGCGUGUGUGUGUGUGUGUGUGUGUGCGUGUGUGUGUGUGGAGGAUGUCUUCACCGAUAUACUACAACCAAGACAGUGUUACACGCUUUAAGAAAAGAAAAGCUCGCUUCUCCUUCAGUGAAGUCCACAUACUGCUGGAUGAAGUGAGGAAGCAUCGUAUGGUCGUCGUGGGCAAAUUUAAUCGUGGCGUCCCAACAGACAUGAAGAAACGCACGUGGGCAGAGAUUACUGCCCGCGUCAAUGAGAUCGGCGAGUGCCAACGCGAGGUCAUAGAGGUCAUCAAGAAAUGGUCCGAUCUAAAGUGCGACACCAAGCGGAAAGUGGCUGCCAUGCGGUCGGGGACGGUUCCCAACAGGGGUCUCAACUCGCGUCUUUCCCGAGACCUAAAUCAAACGGAGAAAAUAGUGCUACAAAUUCUGGAGAUGGACGAGGAAGACCAGAGCGGAGCGGACUUCGGCCCGCUGGGAGAUGACGACGACGUGCCGGAGGAGGAAGAAGAAAUGGAAGAGGAGGAUAUGAUGGGAUUGCAGAAUUCUCCUAACGGGGCGCUGGACAUGCUGCCUAUGCCCCCACCAACCACCUAUAACAUGAGGGACUCAUCACAAUCUGCCUUCGAUGUACAGUAUGACGUACCUCCAAUAGAAGAUCCUGAAGCUGCGUACGGAGACUCGGACGAUGACCAAAGGGAUGACGUGCUUCCUUCCACUCAAACAGCAAAACCAACAGAAGAUCACCAAGGCAACAACGGCAUCCAGAAACAAGGACAACCUCAGACGUCCUCCGGACCUUCGACGUCAACAGCCGCGCUUCCAUUGCCGGGCCAGCCCUCACAGAGCGUGAGAGACAGCAUGCUGCAAAACGCAUCGAUGAGCCUCCAAGAGCAGCACGCCACCAACAUCCUGUUGGAGACGGUUUCACGCUCUCUGGAGCUUCUGUCCGAGUCGGUGCAGCAGCUGGCGGAGACUCAGCAGGAGUUUGUGCGCGAGUCGCUGCAGCUCCAGCGGGAGACGGUGCAGGUUCUCAGAGACUUCACAGGUGGAGCCAUUGCACUCAUGCAUGACAAACUAAACGGACGGCCAGCGUUAUAGCAACAGAGUUUAGACAGAUGUUGUUAAGCUGUAUCACUGACUACAUACAUGGCCUUCAGGUGCAGGAACCUUUACGUUCCACUGGACUCCACUGCUGGUUACUGUACUUUUUGAUAGUACUCUGCAGAUUUUCUGUGGUUAUAUUUUAAAACUGUAUUCAUAGAAACAUUGUAUUGAUGGAAUCACUGUCUGUGAGGUUACAUGACCAUGGAUUGAGAAACAAACCAUGUCAGCCAUAACGAAAGAACGUGGAGUUUUUGUUUUUUUUGUUUUUUUUUUGCUACUGAAAGUGAGACUCCUACCACUCGCAUUAUAAGUCACGCCACGUUCAAAGCCUUUACAUUCUUUUAAUGUUGAAAAGUCAGUCAGUCAGAUCCGUUUAUGUGUCCUUGUAGUUGCAUCAUGUCUGGAGAGGUUAUCACAUGUACUGUAAUGGUGAGUGGAUUUCCGCACCUGACCAUUAUAUGGUCUAUAUGUCUGAAAGCUAAAAGUUACUAAGAUACUUUGAGAAUACCUGUAACUGAAUACUUUGUGAUUGUCUGAUUUUUGUUUUUUACAUUGCAAACACUUGAAUAUGGAAGUUUCAAUAAUUUCUUUGAAAUAUGGAAUAAAACCCUCAUGUAUUUAAA